AUGGGUUCCCAGCAAGAGGAAAUCAAAGAGGAAACCAAUAAACGUCCAGAGAAGAAAGCCAAGCAAGAUGAUUCCUCUUCUUCUGAUGAUAAAGAUCUUGUCCAGUGUGCUUUCGAUGAUUGCGCUCUCGACCUUGCUCGCAAGCACCACGAUCGUGAUCGACAUGAAGCAAUAAGUUUUAUUGAGAAGAGAAUCAUUCAACUCGAAGGUAUUCUCGAAAAUAGAAAAGAUCCACGUCCAAUACAGCGACCUUGCAGAGUGGAGGCUAUAGAUGGUCCCAACGCAUGCUUAUUGGACAGAUUAGAGACGGAAGAUGAGAUUUUCAAGCUCAGAACGAAAACAAAUCGGUCGCUUCAGAUCCUCCAAGCUUGCCUAUCAAUCUAUAAAGUCACUUUGACACAGCUGCGGAAAUUCAAUAAAUGA